CUCGUGUAGUGUCACGCUGUUGUCGCAAUCAAAAUGUGUAACGUGGAGCUUGCGACUCCUUGUGAGUCUUUCGAUAUUCACCAAAAUGUACACAUAUUGAUGGUUUGGUUGGGAAUAUACAAAUUGCAUUCCCCAAACCCUUACUUGAGACGCUUACAUUCAGUGUACAGAGUAAUAGUACUUCUUUUUAUAUUUACAGUGAAUGUACAACGUAUAACUAAAAUUUGUCUCAUUAUAUAUAAUGCGAAAAAUUCUGCAUUACCAUUAUUUAUUGAAGAAAUAUCAGAAUUUAAUUUUUUCUGGAAAUUGUUGACUAUUAACUUAAAUCAUUCCAAGCUUCACGAUAUUCAUUCGCUCAUAAAAGAUCAAAUAUUUGCUGCAGAAACUAAAAGAGAAGAGAUAUAUUUAAAACAAUACAAAUCAAAGGCGUCUAGAAUAUUCAGAUUGUUGUUGUCUUGGGUGAUUUUAAUUCUUAUAAUAUGGAUGACUAAUUUAGUGAAAAGCUGGAUAGAAGAUCCUACAUUCGUAGGGCCUUUAUAUUAUCCCUUCGAUGUCCGCUCUCAACACAGGUAUAAAAACAGAUCAGUUUUUAAUGUUAGAAUUGCUUUAGAUAAAUUUUCUCAGUCUUAUUCUAGUUCUCAUAUGAAAUCCAUCCGUGCGGUAAAUCGGCAUGAAUACAAUUCCUCACUCCCAGACCCGUUUUUCCCAGUGGGUACUUUUGGCAAGUGCCCAAGGCCCCGUGAUCGAUAG